AAGACUGGGAGAUUUACGGGGAGAUGCCAGCAGGCAAAACAGGAAGUCUGUGCUUUGAUACACGCAGUACGGGGCCAGUCUUCGGAGAAAAGAAAAGUGAAACUGUUUGGAGUUUGCCAAGCAGGAAGCUGAAGGCAGGUGUGCUGGCCACCAAGAUCUUGCUCAUUCUGUCUGAUGAGCCUGAUGUCACCAAAUGUAAUCAAUCAGUCUGACAUUCUAUGGAAUGUCCAGGUGAUCCAGAUACCUUUCAACGAUAUUAUGACUAAGGCCACAAGGGGCAGCUGGCAGUUUCACCUCAGAGCUGCAGGAAGGGACAGCGGCAGUGAAAAGCGAAUCGGGUGUGAUCCUUGGCUGAGCUCAUGGCCCAGCAGGGCCAGCAAGGGCAGAUGGCAAGUGGAGGCAGCGAUCUCAACUUCAGGAUGGUCACAGAGAUCCAGAAUGUAGAGGGUCAGAACCUGCAGGAGCAGGUUUUUCCUGAGCCCAUUUUCAGGUUCUUCAGGGAACACAAGGUGGAGAUUGCAAGUGCAAUAACAAGGCCAUUUCCUUUCCUUAUGGGCCUCCGAGACCGCUCCUUCAUCUCUGAGCAGAUGUAUGAGCAUUUUCAAGAAGCUUUUAGAAACCUGGUCCCAGUGGCAAGAGUGAUGUACCGUGCACUCAGUGAACUGGAGAAGACGUUUGGCUGGUCACAUCUGGAAGCGUUGUUCAGCAGGGUUAACCUGAUGGCCUAUCCUGAUUUAAACGAAAUUUACAGAAGCUUCCAAAAUGCAUGCUAUGAACACCCACCUCGCCAAGUGAACAAUGUAAGCGGGUUAGAAGAUAGACCCAGAUUACUACUGUGUGAUAAACAAGAGAACAGCAAUGCCUGUCACAAAACGUGUGCUGUAGCAGUGCCUCAGGAAGCCUUGAGCUCCUCGCCGAAGUGUGGGCCAGGUUUCUCUUCAGAGUCUCAUGAGCAAUUAGCUCUUCCAAGGGCUGAUGGAGGAGGUGCUGAAAAUGCACCCAGCCUGCUACCAGUGUGCUGUGAACCUGCUGUACAAGUAGAUGAAGGAGAAUCAGAAGAAAUGCCCCAGUUACUGCCUUAUGAUGCAGAAGAGACCUUUGAUCUAAACACUCCCAAAAUCACUAAUAAAGGAGAACCAGAGAAGAGGCUCAGUCUGCUACCAGGUGAAGGAGAAGAGGGCAGUGAUGACUGUUUGGAAAUGCGUGAUGGAAAAGAGCCCCAGGAAGCCUCCAGCUCCCUAGCAAGACAUGGGUCAGAGGGCAGCGAUGACUGUUCGGAAAUGUGUGACAGAGAAGAGCCUCAGGAAGCCUCUAGCUCCCUAGCAAGACGUGGGUCAGUCUCCAGUGAACUAAAAGAUCACCAAAUGAAUGAAGAAGAAGAAUCAGAAGAGCUUGUUUCUAGCCUACUACAUAAGGAUGUACCAGAUACUGUGGAUACUGGAAGCAACUCUGCUUUAGGGAGUACCAAACCCAAGAGGAAAAGAAGAAAAAAGAAGGGGCAUUCCUGGACCAGAAUAAAAAGGACAACGCAGAAAAAAAUCCAACAGAAUGGUAACGGCAAAGCUGAUGGCCAGUUGAUGUCCAGUGAAAAGAAGGCGAACGUGAAUCUCCAAGGCCCUUCCAAGAUUAGGAGGAUAAAGAGAGGCGGACCUAGAGUCUGCUUCACCCAGAGUAACAGAGCUCCACAGAAAAGAGUCCGAACAAGAGCUUCAAGAAAGCGCAAAGACAAAACUGUGGAUUUUAAGGCUCCUUUACUUCCAGUGACCUGUGGUGAGGUGAAAGGAAUUUUACAUAAGAAGAAUUUGAAACAAGGAAUCUUGGUGAAGUGUAUACAGAGUGAGGAUGGAAAUUGGUUCACCCCCAGGGAAUUUGAAAUCAAAGGAGGCCACGCAAGAUCAAAGAACUGGAGGCUGAGUGUGCGCUGUGGCGGGUGGCCCCUACGAUGGCUGAUGGAGAGUGGAUUUCUGCAUAAUCCUCCAAGAAAUAGGAAAAAGAAGCGAAUACUGAAGUCUCACAAGAAUACCUCAGUUGACCCUUGUAUGGGAAACUUGGAUGAGUGCGAGGUUUGCCGGGACGGAGGGGAACUGUUCUGUUGCGACACUUGUUCAAGAGUCUUCCAUGAGGACUGCCACAUCCCACCUGUGGAAACUGAGAAGACCCCGUGGAGUUGCAUCUUCUGCAGGAUGAAGGAGUCUGCAGGAAGUCAACAGUGCUGUCAGGAAUCUGAGGUCCUGGAGAGGCAGAUGUGUCCUGAGGAACAGUCGAAAUGUGAAUUCCUCCUCUUGAAACUCUAUUGCUGUUCUGAGAGCUCCUUUUUUGCCAAGAUUCCGUAUUAUUAUUAUAUUAGAGAGGCGUGUCAAGGCCUGAAGGAGCCCAUGUGGUUGGAUAAAAUCAAGAAGAGGCUGAAUGAGCACGAUUAUUCCCGAGUGGAGGGGUUUGUACGAGACAUGCGCCUCAUCUUCCAGAACCACAGGGCAUCAUACAAGUACAAGGAUUUUGGCCAAAUGGGACUUCGACUGGAGGCUGAAUUUGAGAAGAAUUUGAAGGAAGUGUUUGCUAUUCAGGAAACAAAUGGGAUUAAUUAAUUGGUUUAGUGGAUGCUGAAAGCAUUCGUCUGCCCAAAGACAAAUCCUUCAAAAGAAAUUCGAUCAUCAUGAAUCCCAUCACCAACAAUCUCAUCAGCCAGGAAAGGGUAACUGGGACCAUAGGGAAGGAGGUGGGAGGUGACACCAGCACAGACAGAAUCUCACCUCUUCUCCUGAGGGCUGCUCCAGACAUUUAUUACUCACAAGACCUUUUAUCUGAAAAACCAGCCACGCUUGAUUCAGGACACACUUCUUCCUUUCCCCCUCCCACUUGUCUGGCCACCUCCCUGCAGAAGCCCCAGGCCCCCAUUCUUUUCAAUAGCUCAGGAUGGUGUUUGCGUGUCAAUCAUCUAACCCUUCUUGGAGUCUUGUAUUUCAUGGAACUCCUGUGUAUACAUAUAUAAUUAAAAUUUUUUUUUUCCUCCUGUUAAUCUGCUUAUGUCAAUUUAAUUCAUUCGUAGCUCAGCCAAAGAACCUAACAGGAUAGAGGGAAGCCAUUUUUCACUCCCCUGCAAAGCUGUUCGUGUCCUGGCACCAUCUCCUCUUAUGGCCAGGUCUUUUCAUCCACCACUGCUGAGUGGUGGCUGCUAAUGCCGGCAGUCCCCAGAGUAUUACCCUGGGUCUAAUGGAACCAGCUUCACGUGGAGGUGACACCCCGUGGCCUGAGGCCAACCCCCUUGCCUCAAAGCAGGACCAAGGAUGUGGUGUGUGGCUACUCUGUACUCCCAGGAGUCAGGCUGGAGGUAGUCUCCAGCUGUGGCCACAUCCUGUCCUAUGUAUGCUGAUAAGUGAGAAAUGUUGACUAUUCUGAAUGACUUGUUAAGUCACAGACACUGCAGGUGGUGAGAGAGAAAUGUUACAAAGAUUCAGAGAUGUGCCUGAUAGGUAAGCUUUCAGGGGUUCAAUGGUCUGGAGCAUGUCAGAGCAUCCCCUCCAAAGCUCCAAGCUAUUGCAGCUCACACCUCAUACCACUAAGGAACCCAGAGCUUGGUGGCCUCCCCAGGUUAGAAGAAUCACCGUGGUUGACAUUCUGAUGCAAGUGAUUCUAGGCUUCGUAAUGUGGUUGUGUGUUUGGGAGGCAGGGAGUGGGGAGGCAGUGGGUAUACCAUCUUAAUAAAUACAAAUGCUAAUCGAUUUUUUUCACUUAAUAAUAUACAAUGGACAUUGUCAC